AUGGCCUGGUCAUCGUGGAAUGGAGGCUGCAAAGAGUGCGGCCAGUACAGGCAAAGAGUCGAAUUCAACUGUUCCAGAACUCAGGAAUCACGGCCUUGUAAAUGUCCUCCUGAAAUUAAUUCUCGGCGAGAGAAGUCUGUCAAAUUUAAUUCAACCCUUCAAGUGGAUUGUCUUGUGAGGGGUUUUCCUCAACCAGAGGUGAAUUGGACAAGAGAUGGAAAGCUACUUAAUACCACGAACAAGCUCACCAUUAAACAAGUGACUUAUGGAGACGCUGGUCAAUAUACAUGCAGUGCGAAGAACAGUCAAGGGAAAAGUGAAGCAGCUUUUCAGGUUACUGUUACAGGUCCUCCUGAAAUUAAUCCUUGGCUCAUCAAUCAGUCGGUUACAUACAAUUCGCCUCUUCAGUUCAAUUGCUCUUUAAGCGGUUUCCCUACACCUGAGGUACUCUGGACUAGGGAUGGGAUUAAUAUUGGCAAAAAGAACACUCUCACGAUUCGUCAAGCGAGGUUUGAAGACUCUGGCGAAUACACAUGUAGCGCUAAAAACCCCACUGGAAGCAAGAAAUCAACCUUUUGGAUUGAAGUGAAAGGAGUAUCUCCCCAGAUUAUAGAACCUCCGAUCAACCAGUCUGUUACGGAAGGAAACUCUGUGAACUUCAGUUGUCGAGCCUCAGGUGUGCCAACACCAACAUUAGUCUGGGUUUUUAAUGAUGCUGAGCUGCCAUUUGGUAUAAAUCGCGAUGGAGUAUCAUUCCUGGAAUUUUUAAGCGUCACAAAAGGGAUGGAAGGGUCUUACAAGUGUAUAGCGGAAAAUACAGCAAAUACAACUAGUUCCUCUGCAACACUGCGUGUUUACGGGAAAGCCUCUGCUCAAGUUGCUACAGAUCAGUAUCCAGCACUCACAGCAGGUGACAAUCUCACAUUGACCUGCAUCGUCAACGAAGAAACAAUAAAUGUAACUUGGAAAAAAGAUGGAGACUCACCACCCGAAAGAGCAAAGAUUCAUACACGGUUCGAUAACAAAAAGAGUGAACUUGCAAUAACUGAAGUUGUGAAGGAAGACAGUGGUGUGUAUUCUUGUGAGGCACGUAACAAGCUCGGUUUUGUUGCCCGUUCCUUUGUGUCAAUCACACGGAAAGCCUCUGCUCAAGUUGUUACAGAUCAGUAUCCAGCACUCACAGCAGGUGACAAUCUCACUUUGACCUGCAUCGUCAACGAAGAAACAAUAAAUGUAACUUGGAAAAAAGAUGGAGACUCACCACCCGAAAGAGCAAAAAUUGAUACACGAUUCGAUAACAAAAAGAGUGAACUUGCAACAACUGAAGUUGUGAAGGAGGACAGUGGUGUGUAUUCUUGUGAGGCACGUAACAAGCUCGGUUUUGUUGCCCGUUCCUCUGUGUCAAUCACGAGAAAAGCCUCUGCUCAAGUUGUUCCAGGUAAGUAUCCAGCACUCACAGCAGGUGACAAUCUCACAUUGACCUGCAUCGUCAACGAAGAAACAAUAAAUGUAACUUGGAAAAAAGAUGGAGACUCACCACCCGAAAGAGCAAAGAUUCAUACACGAUUCGAUGAAAAAAUGAGUGAACUUGCUAUAACUGAAGUUGUGAAGGAGGACAGUGGUGUGUAUUCUUGUGAGGCACGUAACAAGCUCGGUUUUGUUGCCCGUUCCUUUGUAAAAAUAAACGUCAUAGUGCAAAGUUUCAACACUUUAUGGUAUUACAUUGGCGGAUCAGUGGCGGCAGCGAUUGUCAUUUCGCUAAUUUCCUGGUAUUUCCGCAAGCGUCGAAGGACAGCUAUGGCUCUUCCUGACCAAGAGCAGGCAAUUCAGAUGGAGCCAUUGAAUGCAGAGGUAGAUGAGUGGGAGGUUGCGGUGAACCGUGUCCUGCUACAAGACGUCAUUGGACGAGGGGCGUUUGGAGCCGUGUGGAGAGCUCUCCUGAGUUCACCAAAUGGACAACCUGGAAAUCGGACGGUGGCCGCUAAAUGUUUCACGCCCACUGCUGGAGAGGAAGGAAGGAAAUGUUUGAUGAGAGAAAUUGAGCUGGGGAAACUUAUCGGUGAAAACGUUUCGCCAAACAUUGUAAAGUUCAUGGGCUGCGUUACGACAGAAAUUCACCCCAUACUCAUCAUGGAGUACUUGCCAUGUGGUGACCUACUUGGUUACCUCAGAAAAUGCCGAGGAGUGAGGGAUCGGUUUUAUCUUGGUGAGGGAAGAGCUCAGGAUUUGAACAACUACGAUCUCGUGUUGUUUGCCAAACAAAUCGCCGCCGGCAUGGUGUUCCUUGGAACGCGAGGUAUUAUCCAUCGUGACCUGGCGGCUCGAAACAUUCUCCUCGAUAACAACUAUGUUUGCAAAGUGACGGACUUUGGUAUGGCAUAUCAAAGCUUCAAGUAUGGCCAUGGAAAUGCCAAAAAGGGACGUUUGCCAAUCAAAUGGACUGCACCAGAGAUUCUGCUAGGAGAGCUUGCUGGACUUUCCACCUUGAGUGACGUGUGGUCCUAUGGAAUCGUUCUGUAUGAGAUAGUUACCCUUGGUAAGCUAAGUUAUAAGUGA